AUGUCUAGGAAUAGGGUAGGCAGCGUUAAAGCUUCAGCAGCAGAGCAUGAGCAGAUGACAUCACUUUGGCAUUCCUUGAUCGAUACAUUAAGAUUAUUACCGUCCCUCCCGGCCAAUCCAUCAAACUUGAAGUCGAACUCUGGCUUAUCAGACUCUGAAAGGGACCGCGAACUGCGUUCUGUGCAAAUUGAAAAAAGACAUUUAGAUGAAGCGUUAGACAAAUUAAAUGUCCUUCUAGCAUUGAGAAGAGGUCCGAAUCCGAAUCUAGGUCACGGUACAGGAGCAUCUUCUUUAACACCUGUACCUAUUGAUAUUCCAGGUGUCGUAAUAUCCAAUCCGAAUGGUAGUAUAUCAUCCCCGAAUAUAAACAAUAUCAAUUCCCCUUCAAAUGGAAAUAAUGGAAAUGUAAAACGUAAAAGGAAAUUAUCAAUAUCAGCUUCAGCUUCUCCCAUUCCAGAUUAUCCUUCACCGGGAAUACCAAUAGGUGGAUCUGGAGGAGGUGUUAUAAAAGGAUCAAUUGGAAUGUCAUCCAGUUUAUCUUCCAUGUCAAUGUCAAGAGAAGCUACAGGUAAACAAAGAAGAGAACAGUAUAAUGAUCAGUUACCAUUACAACCAGGACGAAAAGUCGCUUUCAAAUUACCUAAAUCAUCAAAGGAGAAUGAUAAUGUACCGUCAUCCACUCAUGUACCAGGAGGAGGUGGAGCAGGUGGGAGCAGUGGUGAUGAUUGGAUCUUAGCGACUAUUAAACGUUGCAUACAACAGGAUAAGAUGAGAUAUGAAGUUCAAGAUGUUGACGAUGGAAACGCGUAUAACACGACACUACGAUCAAUAAUCCCCUUACCAGAUCCAACAUCGUCUUCACACUUAUCGUCCCAUCCUUCCAACCUUGAAGAUUUCCCUAAGAACAGUCAAGUCCUAGCAUUAUAUCCAGAUACAACCUCUUUCUACCGUGCGACAGUCAUCUCUGCUCCAAUACCCGGAACAGGUAACGGUCAUGGAAUAAGAGGCGGUAACGGUAAACCUGAUCCAGGCGCUAUAAAAGAUUCUUACAGGUUGGUAUUCGUUGAUGAUGAUGAUAAUAUCCAAGUGGUAGGAAAGGACUAUGUGCUUGCUGUAAGUCAGAUUCCACGACAUGUAACAUAA